AGUAUUAUAGAGACUUCAAGCUUUUCGAUAAAGAAGGUAAUGAUACAAUUCCUAGUGAAAAACUAGGUGAUUUGUUACGUGCUUUAGGUCAAAAUCCAACAAAUGCUGAAGUAGAAGAACUUGCUAAAGGAGAAGGUUCAAAAAUUAGUUUUGAUAAUUUUCUGAAAAUACUUUUGCGCCCUGACGGAUUUGCAGCUGCCGGAACUUAUGAAGAAUUUGUUGAAGGAUUUCAAGUUUUUGAUAAGGACCGGACUGGAUAUAUAACAGCUGGAGAUUUAAAAUAUGUAUUAACUAGUUUAGGUGAAAAGCUUUCUGAGGACGAUGUAGAUGAAUUACUGAAAACUUAUGCUGAUAAAGAUGGGAAAAUUAAAUAUGAAGAUUUUAUAAAAGGAAUUCUAUCCACUUAA